CAUAUAUCAAUAAUAUAUAAGAAAACAGAAGUAUGAAAUUUUAAAUUAAUAGAUUGUAAAUCAGGCAAAUACAGUAUUAUCAAAGAAAAUGGAUUGUGAAGUUAUGACGAAUGAUGAUUACUUUAGAAUAGAGAAUGAUGCAAUAACUGAUCACAACUAUAGUCAUUCAACAUCAAACUGUAAUGAUAAUUAUAUUUUCAUUAGUGACGCCACAACAAUCAUAACAUCAGAAGUUAAUGACUUUAGUACAGCCAUAGCAACUGAAAUUGAAGUUCCUACUACAGUAAUGCCUACAGAAAAUGAAGUUCCUACUGUACUUGCAGGUGAAAUUGAAAUAUCAAGUCCUGUAGCCGAUACAGAAAUGCAUACUUCAACUAAUAUAAUGGAUUAUGUUACAGAAAAUUCUCCAGCAAUAACUAAUGUGUUAGAAACAGAUUCAGAUAUUGUUAAAUCUACUUCUGAUACAAUUGUUAAUGAUUUUAGUUCUUCAAUAACUUUAAAUAUAAAUUCUACUGCAAACACCACAGUUGAAGCAAAUUUAGUAUCUGUUAAUAUUAAUUCUCAAUUAGACACUUCUCAAAAUAUAAAUGUCAGUAUAUCUAAUUCAGUGGAAAGUUUUGCUCCUCCAACUUCAAUAACUAAAAAUUUUAAUUCUAAUAAUACUUUGAUGGAAGAUUUUGAAACACAUUGUUCACAACUUGACCCUAUCACAGGAGUUCUUACAACUCAAAAUGCAGCCCUAAAAAGUAAUUCAUCUAUAAAUAUUAACACAACUAUAGAUACUAAUGAUAAUUCAUCUACAAAUACUAAUCCAGCUCUACAGACAAAUAAUAAUUCAUCCACUAAUACUACAAAAGUAGUAACCAAAAGAACCAUGGUUUCCAAUAGUCCUCGUUAUAUUCCAAUAAAGGAAUUGAGAUUUUGCUGUGACUCUUGUGAUAAAAGAUUUACCAGAAAUGAUUUAUUGAAGGCUCAUCAUAGAACACAUACAGGAGAAAAGCCAUUCUUGUGCGAAAUAUGUGGCAUGAAGUUUCCUGCAAGCACAAGUUUACGAAACCACAAAAGGAUUCACACGGGGGAGAAACCAUAUGCAUGUGAUGACUGCGGUAAGAAAUUUAGAACAAGAGGUACAUUACUUGGUCAUCAAAGAAUUCAUACCGGUGAACUGCCAUAUUCUUGCGAUUUAUGUGGUAGAUGUUUUGCUCUGAGUGGAAAUUUUCAUCGCCAUCGAAAGACACACACCGGAGAAAAACCACACGAAUGUCCUGUUUGUAAUAAAAGAUUUACUGAAAGCUCUUCUUUACACCAACAUCAGCGUAUUCAUACUGGUGAGAAACCUUUCCUCUGUGACUUUUGUGGAAAAAAAUUCACUCAGUAUGGUAGUUUGUUGGAACAUCGAAGAAUACAUACCGGUGAGAGACCAUAUUCGUGUCCUAUUUGUGGAAAAGCAUUUCGACAUAACAGUUCUUUAAGAACUCAUAGAAAAAUACAUAGCAAUUGUAAAUGAAAAUUUAUUUGAAAUGAUGAACUUUCAUUUGAUUAUUAAAACUAAUUUUAAAAAA